AUGACAGGUCCAGCAGAUAUCGAGGAGGGGCUUAUUGUCACCCCCCGCGCGUGCAAAUCAGAGAAGUCACCUGGGAGUAGUAAGAGAAAGGUCACCCCGUCGUCAGAGUUGUCGUCCCCUAGCAAAAGCUUCAUUUUAUCUCCUCGUGGCGCUUUCCCUUCAGAGAGGACGGUCCUCCGUCUGGGUGACUCGCCCCUCUUCGAGCCAUCGAAGCGUCUUUUCCCAUCAGGCGAAGCUUUGAUCAACGAAAGAUCUCCGCUUAAGACGACGCAUGCCCACCCUGAGUCGCCAGAGUCGUCGUUACCGGAAAUCCAAAUUCCCCCGUCUCGCCACCUCAUUCUUCCAUUCAAUCUCCGGCAGAAUCGUAAAGCCUUCGCUACCAAGGAUUCUGGGCUACUACUCCACCUCUUUCCAGACACAAAAGCGGUGAAUUUUGAUGGCUAUUUCUUAGUGUUUUGGCUCGGUACUUUACCACCGAAGCCCUGGCCAGUUACUAUUGCCGGUGUCCAGCCUUACUUCACAAUUGAUCCGAAUGAUGAUGGCCCAAUUCCGCCAAUAAAACGCCCGAGCAAAUCACGCCUUCGCGUGUCCGCUGAAAUCAACGCUGUCAACCUUCCACCCACUAGGAUUGACGAUGCAUUUGAGCUGGUGUUUGACUUUUUCGCAAAAUCUGAAACUUCGAUUACGGAAGUUCAGUACUGGAACAAUUUCUUCGUUAUUGUUCUAGAGAAUGAGGACACCGAUCUGGCUGAAGUUCCUUCUGCCAUAGGACGCUGUAAUUGUUUCUACCUGUUCGAGAAGGAGAUGGGACGUCCAAAGCUGAACGAAUUUCCGGCCCGCCGGAUCCGUGACCCGACUGGCGAUGUCGUCGACGAUAGCGAGUAUGAUAUAUUGCGUCCUGGUGUCAUGUUGAGCUCUGCAAGACAUGAUACCACUCACGUUGAGUAUCGUACCACCUCCGGCGUCCUGGUUGAAGAUUGUCUAGGCGAGAGGUAUAUGACUGUCGCCUCCCAUGGUUUCCCAAAUGGCGAUAAAGUCUUCCAUCCGUGCAGCACGGGAAAAGAAGUCGGACAGAUUAUCAUGGAAAUUUCGCAUACGGACGUCGCCCUCGUCAAACUGCACGACAAGGUCCAUUUUGUCAAUGAAACUUUCGAGAGUCCACUUGACGGAGCAACACCUACCCAGUUGAAGGAAUUCAUCCCGGCUGACGAGACACAGAUCGGCUCGAAAAUCUACAUGAACAGCCCUCUCCUUGGUUACUCGGAAGGCACUUGCGGUCCGCAUUCGCGGAUACGCGUUCCGAGCGAUGACCCUUACGAACCAAAGUUUGUAUGGGUCAAGGCUCGGUGGCUAUAUAUGGGUCAAGGGUCUGUUGACUACCUGGAGGACGGCAUUUGCGGAUCCGUUAUCUGGAAUGACGACGGAAAUGUUAUCGGAUUCUUCCGUUAUGCAGCGAGGUCAGGGCACUACCUGGACUGGUGUUUCACUGUCGCAUCUGAUAAUGUCAUCGAACGCGGUUAUAAGAUUGCAGGAUAG